UUUGGAUUGUUCAAAUCUACCGUUUGGUUUCCUGGGGCAUAUUCACCACAAGGCAGUAACAAUAAAAUUUCCAGGCUUUGUAUGUUUAUAGUGGUCGCCUGUGAAUUUACUCAUAACUUAUUUUCAAAUGAACUGAGAGAGUUAUGCAAGUGCAAAAGUUCACAGGUUGAUGUGAGUACGUUCUAUUUCUUUUUGGAGAACCUGCCCACAUACAGGAGUAGACAGAAGAAAAUUGAGAAUUGGAAUCCCGGUUGCUAAUAACUUGCAGUCUUCGGGGAAAUGUAAUAUUCUGUCUAGAGAUUUUUUUUUCCCAUUCAUCCAGAUCAUUUGAUGCCACUGAUGUUGGAUGAAAUGGACAUGCGGACAAUCUUUGCUGUAGUUUAUCCCAAAGGUGUUAGAUGAGCUUCAUGAUGAAAUGAAAUAAUUAAGAGGCAUGUCCCUACAUUGUAGUCUGUCUGUAACCUGCAAUUGGACAAGAAAGUGCAAGCCCUUUUCUGGUCAUUUUGCAGACAAGCAAACCUUGAGAACGGCUCCAGUGUAAGUCUCCACUGGAGUGUGAACGAUAGUGAACAAAGCUGCAGUGUUUUGUUUCACGGUCCAGUGGCGGGUGAGGCCCUGCUCUAAUCUGGGUUAUCAGCCUCUUAUCAAUUUAGCCCACUGCUAGAUGGGCACUUUCUGUGGUGUAGUCUGGUUUGCUCUCCACUUCGCAGUCACCUUGCAGGGGAUGCUUCUUUCACACCGAGAGGAACGCUGACUUUGUGGUCCAUGGAAGGUCGGCAUCAGAUGGACUCAACUGAGGCUUUGUCUGCUGCUGGAGCAUACCCCAGGAAAAUACUGGACUAUAUGGAAGGCUUCUUAGUCUCCAAGACUCUGUUCACGGCUUGUGAGCUUGGCGUGUUCGACGUGCUGUUGGGUGCAGGGCGCCCGUUGUCUGCCGAAGUUAUCAGCCAGGCACUCGGUGCCAGCCUGGACGGCACCGAGAGGCUGCUGGCGGCCUGUGGAGGCCUUCAGCUGCUUGAGAUGCACCAGCAAAACGGACAAGUGUCUUACAGUAAUACCGAGCAUGCCAGCCGCUACCUGACCCGGUCUGGUCCUGCAACACUCUACGACUCUGUCCAGUACAGCUCCAGAACGGUGUACCUCUGCUGGCACUACCUGACUGACGCUGUCAGGGAGGGGAGAAAUCAACAUGAGAAAGCCUUCGGUGUCAGCUCCAAAGAGUUGUUUCACGCUCUCUAUAGGUCUGACGAGGAGAUGGUGAAGUUCAUGCAGCUAAUGAACUCCAUAUGGAACAUCUGUGGCCAAGAUGUUCUCACAGCCUUUGACCUUUCAGCUUUUAAGGUUAUCUGUGACCUCGGAGGCUGCAGUGGAGCAUUAGCCAAGCAGUGCACGUCGGCCUACCCAGAGUGCACAGUGAGGAUCUUUGACCUCCCGAAGGUGGUGCAGACAUCCAGAGAACAUUUUGUCAAGGAGGCUGACCACAGGAUAAGCUUCAUUGAAGGGGACUUCUUCAAAGACCCGCUGCUGGAGGCAGACCUCUACAUCCUCGCCAGGAUCCUCCACGAUUGGAAAGACGAACGUUGUGUAGAACUGCUCAGCAGAGUCCACAGAGCCUGUAAACCAGGAGGCGCUGUGUUGCUGGUGGAGGCAUUGCUCUACGAGGAUGGCUCGGGCCCCCUCAGAGCGCAACUCUAUUCCCUGAACAUGCUGGUGCAGACGGAGGGUCGAGAGAGAACAGGGGCCCAGUACACCGACCUGCUGGCUGCCGCCGGGUUCACCAACAUCCAGUACCGUCUCACAGGCAAAAUAUAUGAUGCCGUUCUCGGCUUUAAAGAAGCAUGAGCUUUGAACAACAAUGAAUCAGUGUUGGAAAAAAAUAGUCAUACCAGUAGAGUUUCAAAUGCAAGAAUAUGCCAUUAAUGCAUUCAGGGGGGGAAAAACAGCUUCUGCUCAUAAUCAAUAUGAAGUUGAAUUAUUCUGUUUAAAAAUUGGUUUCAGACAUUUAACAUAAUAAAAUCCUGCUUCAAAAACACUUUUACUGUACUUAAGAUCAUUCCAAAUUUGAGUUCAGAAUGUAUUUUACUCGUUCUCAUUUAUUAGUACAAAGUGGAGUUCAACCCAUGGGAUUGCAGGCCAAUUAAAAAUUCAUUCUCAUGGACCGCUGUUUGUUUAGAAAAAAAAUGCAUGUUUGCAUGUUAAAAUGAAUACUAAUCCUUUCCCACACAUUUGAAUAAUUACAACAGGAAGUUCCUUUUUUUUUUCAAUGAUCUCACCUUUAAUUGGUCUCAGAAUGUGCAAACAUGCAACAUUUGAUGAGAGGCAAAUAAUCAAUCUCUCUGUGAGCAGACAAGAAGUCAAGUUUACACAAUUGUGAUGACCCAAUGUGAACCUGGUCUAAAUUUACCUCAGGGUUCGCACCCGGCCCUAAAAGUCCCUAAAAACCCCUACAUUUUCGAAGAUGCAUUUAGGGGCUCCUAAAAGUCCUUAAAAUCCGUGAAAACCGGUCAAGCCCCUAAAAAGGCCUUAAAUUAAAAAGAAUAUCAAAGGGAGGACCUCUACUGCCAAAAU